UGGGGAGGGGCAGGCAGGGCCGCAGCCGCAGGUGCCCGAGGGACAGCCAUCCGUCCAGCUUCCUCCUGCUGCCGCCGGGGGUCCACCAGCCCAGGUCCUGUAGUGGAGACACGCUUCCCGGGACCCAGCGACCUCAUUCGGCCAUCGGGGUGCAGGUCACCUGUGCCCUUCUGGUUUGGGAUCGUGUUCGAUGCGGGGUCCUCCCACACGUCCCUCUUCGUGUACCAGUGGCCGGCGGACAAGGAGAACGACACGGGUGUGGUCAGCCAAGCCCUGGCCUGCCAGGUGAAAGGGCCGGGGAUCUCCUCCUACGCCAGUGACCCUGCGCAGGCUGGCGAGAGCCUGCGGGGCUGCCUGGAGGAGGCGCUGGCCAAGAACAGCUCCCAGGCCGAGCACAUCUUUGCAGAGGUCGCCCAAGUCCUGGGCCGGGCUCCCCUGGCCUUCUGGGGCGCCGAGCUCCUGGCCGGGCAGGAUGAAGGCGCCUUGGGCUGGAUCACCGGGCGGGAGGGGCCGGGCCGGCCUGCGUGGCCGUAUUCCUUCUCCGGAGAGUGGAUCCGGCCCCCGGAGGGGACGCUGGUGGGCGCCCUGGACAUGGGCGGAGCCUCCACCCAGAUCACCUUCGUGCCCGGAGGCCCCAUUCGGGACGAGAGCACCCAGGCCUCCUUCCGCCUCUACGGCUUCGAGCACCGCGUCUACACCCACAGCUACCUCUGCUUCGGGCGCGACCAGAUGCUGAACAGGCUGCUGGGCUGGCUGGUGCAGAACUUCUACCACACCUUCCACUUCCUGAACCUCACGGCCGGGCAGCCGCUGGCCACGGUCAACGCCACCGUCUGGGAGUUCUGCCAGAAGCCCUGGAAGCUGGUGGAGGGGGCCUGGCCCGAGCAGCAAGACCCGUCAGAGCGGCCGCCAUGGCCGCCCGCUGCGCAGGGAAGGCUGGGGGAGGCUGCUGGCCUCCGACAUCACAGCCUCUGA